CUGACGUAAUUUCGGAAUUUCCAGUAUCUGCUAGUAAUUUUCCUUAAGGAAUUUUGUAAUGAAUCAUUGAAAAAAGAGAAAAUGGAAGAUAGAAGUUUAUCAAAGGAUGAAGAUGUUGAGCCCGAUGGAGGAACCAUUCACUGGCAAACUUUUAAAUUUUCUGACUGUCACACUGCUAUGGAUGAUGACAGACAACUCUCUAGUGAUCUUGAAAGGCAUCUUAACCUUAAUUCUGACACAGUAGGGGAGGUAAUGAUGGCAAGAGGUCCAGAAGGGCCAGUGGUUCCGAAGACAGAAUACAAAGCCCAGGGUUGCAUGUUUGCUGGUCAGUCGGGAGCUGCCCAGGCCGGAGGAUUUGGUCUUGGGGUGUCAUCAACGUACAACCCUUCCAGCUUCCCAGGAUUAUAUCAACCGUCUUCUAGGGCAUCGCCACUGGCACACCCAGAGAGUCAUAAUGUGACAUGGGGACAGCCUACAAAUCCAGGCUUGUGGAGGCAAGAGGACUCUAUGUCUUCACUGGAUCUUGAGAUGGAUAAAGAACCAUCUAUAACUCCAUUUAAUCAGGUCAGAUCUCCUCCCAGCAUGCAAAACUAUUCGAAAGGUGGAUUCCAAAGUGGCAUCCCUGGUGACAAUCAGAAAAAAUACAUGCAUGAAGAUAACCUGAGGCGAUAUGACGGGGAUGCAAGUUAUGACUUAAGCAACCAACAGCACCAGAGGUGGCAGCACAACAUUCACCUGCAACAGUCGGCACCUUCACCAGUUACCACGGCAACACCUGUUGAACAUGAUGCCAUGGUUGUUGAAGAGACAUAUACAUUCGAACUUGAUGAGUUUGGAGAAGGGCCUUUACAUACACUGUCAGCCGUCACAGACAAAACAACACUAGCCAAGUCUAUUGAAUUACUUCAAAAGUGUGAUGUUGUGAAACAGUGUAUAAAUCUACAAAACAAGCUCAAGCAGACACCUUUGUUUCUUUCGGUAUUACAAAGGAAUAUCCCAUUCAUUGGAUGGUUACUGGAUAAUGGAGCAGAUCCAAACAUUCAAGGAACUCUGUAUACAGAUCGUGAUGAGUAUAUAUGGCGGUCACCCUUACACCUCGCAGCAAUGAAGGGAGAUGAAUGGCUAUGUAUUGUGCGUUUAUUGCUGUCAAAAUCUCCACAAACCAACAUCAACUUGUUCAGCCAUGGAGAUAAGUUAUCUGCCCUUCAUUUGGCCCUGAAACAACACACCGACAUAAACAGUUGUAGACAGGUGAUCCUGGAGUUGAUCAAUAAGGGAGCUGAUAUCAGUCUAAGGGAACAGGCUAGCAGCAAAACUCCAUUCAUGUUGGCAUUGGAAACUCGUGAUCUCAACCUUGUGCAAGAAUUUCUCAACAGAUUCCCUGCUGACAGACGACGAGCCAUACUGCAAGAGCAAGCACGCUCAGGAGACACGUGCCUUCACAUCGCAGCCGGGUUGUCACGAAUAAACUCUCAAGAUAAGGAAAAGUUGCUCCGGUUCCUGGUGACACACGGGGCAAAUGGAAAUGUAACCAAUAAUGUGAAAGAACUUCCAAGAGACUUUGCUAGAAAAGAGUGGGACAACAUUCGUAAAACCUGAUGUAAUCCUCAUCAAAUGGCCAGUAUGUGCUGUAAAUAUGGACAUUUGUUAUGUACACAGCUGGUAUAUGCCAUGUAAAAGGACAGCUAAAAUAUACACAGAAUAAUAUGCUGUGUAAUGUAUCCAGCUCAGGCAUUCAUGCUAGACUACACAUUAUGACAAGAUUGGUAAAUCGGAUGCAAGACUACUUUAUAAAAUGAUAAUUCUGUACAUUAGUUGCUUAUUCUGUUUUACAUGUAUGUGAAUAGGGGCAAGUAAACUUUAACUUUAUGAUCCUCUAAAAAAGUGUACAGAUGUUAAGCAUAUUACUUAAAGGUGUUCUAGUCUUUUAUGGGGCAAAAAGCAUGUUUUAUUUUUUGUUUUAAGGUAAAUUGUUCAUUUAGUUUAUACAAUAAUUGAAAUUUUCUGUUAAAACCUUUCAAAAAUCGCAACUUGUGAUACAUUGUGAAUGUAUAAAUGUAUAAUAAAUUCAUUCCUUUAUUUGGAGAAAUCCAUUGAAGAUUAUUACAGAGUAAAUUGUACAUAUUAUGUUAGAGCAAAUGGCCUUGUGUCUGAAGGUUAAAGAGACAAAAAAAUUAUCAUAACUAUUAUAUGUGUUGUAAGCAGGCUUUUCUUCAGACCCACCCCACCCACCCACAAACACAUAAUGAGACCUUCCACUGUGAUAUCAGAUUGAGUUAUUAACAUUCUGAUUAGCUUAGAGAUUAUUUUUUAAUGAUGAAAGAUGUAAAAAAAAAAAGUGUAUAUUUUUCCAACAGUUAGUUACCCUUUAUGUUUGUAUGCUGAUAUGGUUGGUCUCAAUUCAAGAUGAAGAACUAAAACAAAUAGUUUUGCUGUGAACUGUAUUCAAUUUAUCUUUUGAGGAAGUCCUAAACUUUUAAUAAGACUGUGUGUGAUUACAAAUUAAAUUGAAAUUUAUUGUCAUGAAAAAUUGAUUGUCUUUCUAAUGGAAAGUACAAACAUGGGCUUAAGCAGAACUUGUAACAGAUGUUUUGAAUGGACUCCAUUUUUCCAGAGAAUGAGAAAACAUAGAAACAAUAUUAAAAAGGAGACCUUUCUAUAUAUGAGCCUUUCAUGACAGAAGGUAAAUAUAUAACGGGCCUUAUAUGCAUAAUUAAAACAAGUAUAAGAGGAAAUGAAUGCUGAUCCAUGUAAUAUUCCUUUUCUUAAGCUUUUCAAGUAUUUUUUUCAUGUUAGAAUAGAAUUAAUACAUACUUUAUGCCCCCCUUCGAAGAAGGAGGAGUAUAUUGUUUUGCAGAUGUUGGUCUGUAAAAAAAAUGGUUAAUCGGUAUGUAGACCAGUCCAUUUCAGGAUGAUAACUCAGGAUCACUUGGACCUAGGAUCAUGAAUAUUGAUAUGGAGGUUUGUCAUAACCAGCAGAUAACCCCGGAAGAUUUUGAGAUCAGUAGGUCAAAGGUCAAGGUCACAUUGACCCGGUACAGUUAAAAUGAUUCAGGAUGAUAACUCAAAAACGUUUAGGCCUAGGAUCAUGAAAGUUGAUAGGGAGGUUAAUCAUGACAAGCAGAUGACCCCUAUUGAUGUUGUGGGCAACGUUCAAGGUCAAAGUGACCUGGAACAGUUAAAAGGUUUCUGGAUGAUUACUCAAGAAUGCAUAGGUCUAGGAUCAUGAAAGUUGAUAGGCAAGUUCACCAGGUCAUGACCAGCAGUUGACCCCUAACGAUUUUGAGGUUAGAAGGCCAAAGGUCAAGGUCACAUUGACCCAGAACAGUUAAACUGUUUCUGGCGAUAACUUAAGAACACUUGGGCCUAGGAUCAUAAAACUUAUUAGGGAGGUUUAUCAUGACCAGUAGAUAACCCCUAUUGAUUUUGAGAUCAGUAGGUCAAAGGUAAAGGUAACAUUGACCCAGAACAGUAGAACUUUUGUGUACAGUGACUCAAUAAUUUAUGUUCCUUGUGCAAUUACUGAAUGCAUCAAAGGGGGCAUUUCAUGUUAUACAAGCUCUUGUUCCUGUUAGUGUUGGUGACCUCAUCAGCGAACCAUUGCUCAGGAUUCUUCCCAUGUUAAAAUAUGAAAAACAUGUGUUAUCUCUGCAUAAUGUAAUUAUUUUUUCAAGACUUCAGUGUUGAUUUUUUUUCAUUCCAAAAAAAAAAAGUAGAUUUGUUAUUGCUUAUUUAUGUAUUUGUAUUAGAUUUGAUAUGAGAUCUUUAAAAAUUAUGUUUUCUUACAUUGUUCUGACAAUUAUUUUUAUUUGUGUAAUUAUGCCCCUUUUGAAGAAGAAGGUGUAUAUUGUUUUGCAGAUGUUGGUUGGCAGGUCUGUUGGACCAGUCUGUUUCCGGAUGAUAAGAACGCUUGGGCCUAAAAUUAUGACAGCUGAUAGGGAUGUUGGUCAAGACCAGCAGUUGACCCCUAUUGAUUCAGAGGUCAGUAGGCCAAAGAAAAAGGUUGCAGUGACCUGGAACAGUUAAACUGUUUCCAGAUGAAAACUCAGGAACGCUCAAGUCUAGGGUCAUGAAAAUUGAUAGGGAGGUUGAUCAUGACCAGCAGAUGACCCCUAUUGAUUUUUAGGUCAGUAGGUCAAAGUCACUGUGAUCCGGAACGGUUAAACAGUUUCCAGAUGAUAGCUCAAGAAAACUUGAGCGUAGGAUCUAUUAAGUUGAUAGGCAGGUUUGUCAUGACCAGCAGAUGACCUCUGCUGAUUUUGAGGCCAGUAGGUCAAAGGUCAAGAUCACAGUGACUCAGAACAGUGAAACCGUUUUUGGGUGAACUUCAGAAUGCUUAGGCCUAGGAUUACGAAACUUGAUAGGGAGGUUGAUCAUAGCCAGCAAAUGAGCCUUAUAGAUUUUGAGUUGAGUAGGUCUAAGGUCAAGGUCACAGUGACUCGGAACAGUUUCCAGAUGAUACCUCGAGAGCAGUUAGGCUAAGGAUCUUGAAAGUUGAAAGGGUGGUUCGUCAUGACCAGCAGAUAACCCCAAAUGAUUUUGAAGUCAGUAAGUCUAAGGUCAAGGUCACAGUGAGCCAGAACAGUUAAACUAUUUUCAGAAGAUAACUGCAGAAUGCUUAUGCAUCACUAAACUUAAUAAGGAUGUUGAUCAUGACCAGCAGAUGACCCCUAUUGAUUUUGAGUUUAGUAGGUCAAAGUUCAAGGUCACAUUGACCCAAAACAGUAAAACUUUUUGCCAAAUAACUAGAGAAUGUUUUGGUCUAAGAUCAUAUUUAAUACGAAGGUCACUUGUGACCCAUAAUUAUUGAUUUUAGGUCAGUACAUCAAUUGUCCAGUGCACAGUGAACAAAUAAUUUCUGUUGACUGUGCAGUUAAUGACAGCAUCACAGACUUCCAGAAAGUUGGAAAAAGAGGCUGAACAUUUGGUCUGGUAAUGUCUAGAAAUCCGCCACACCUAAAAAAACAAUCAACCGGACCAAAAAUGAACUUGUAAUGCAGAACCAAAAGAGCCUCCUUAAACUUUCAUUUUAAUACGCCAUUUUACAAGCUAGGCAUGGCACAAAUCUUCGCCAUUUAUCAUUUAUAUUAAGAUAGAACCUCUUCAUUUCGAACUCAUGUUUGCUUUCUGUACAUUCGGCAGGCAUGUUUUUUCACUAAUUUCUAGAUUUUGCACCGGUAUUUUAUUAAUAACGCCAUUUUGUCUCGGAAUAUAAUAAAUGCUGUUCAGUCGGACCGCAUCUGUGUUGAAAAAAGGCGGACCACGUUAAAAUUAUGCGAUCAAAAAUUGUCUGUCAGAUCCCCGACUUCCCAGAAGUCUGGCAUCAAGGGGGGCAUUUCGUGUUCUUUGAGAUCUUGUUAUUGAUUUUAGGUUAGGAUGUCAAAUGCCAAGUACACAAUGACUAAAUAAUUUCUGUUACCUGUAUAGUUACUGAAUGCAUCAAGGGGGAAUUUCGUGUUCUACGAGCUCUUGUUAAAUAUUUUAAGUCAGUUUUUAUCGCAGAAAAAGGUGCAUUGUAAGUUCCAGUUUUCGACAGUAUUCUCUACCUAACUUUGGAAAACUCUGUCUGAAUAUUCUAGAGUAAAAUUUCUUGUAACGUCACUGACAUCCCAUUUAAAAAUUGAAUUUUCUCAGUCAGGAUAUGUGCUUGAUCAUGUCAACCAUUAUAGCUGUUUUUUGAAACUUGGUUUUUGCAGACCUGUUAACUACAGUACUAUAGGAUUAUUUUUACAUUACCUUGAUCCGCAAUGUUGUAUUAUGCUCGAGUACUACUGUAAUUUGCCAGUCAGAUUUUAAGUUGGAGCCCACUAGGUGCUUGUGACAAAUGUGAUCCAGUCUGGCAAAAUCCAAGAGAGAUGAAGGCAUCAAAUGGUAAAUCUUUUGAUGCACAUUGCAACUAAAACAUGUAGUUGCAACAUUGAAAUUUUUUCGAUAUCCAAUGGGAGUUGAAAACAUGCUUUUGAAAUUAGUGAAAUACAGGCUGUAUUUUAGAAAGAAAAUUAAAAUUUUGUAGGUAUAUUGUAAAAAUCCAACAGAUAGCAUGAAAAUUUUACAACGUUAAUGAAUUUAUAACAUUGUUGCUACCCAGAAAAAUGUGUUAUGCAUGAUGGUCAUAUUAGUGUGUGGGAAUUUUUGGAAGGCAGCUUUAAGUCAAGAUGGGACAAAUAGUUUCUGGUCAAAAAUACAAAUUCUGUAUGUUUUUGCCAAAUAGGCAUGUACUGUACCAUUAUGUUAGUGACUGAUACUUGUUAGGUAUUUUUAUGUUUCACAUCAAUCUAACAUGAUUGUAAGACCUUUAAAUAAAGCUAACUGUGAUAUGAUUGGAAUAGGGUCUCACCUGAAGUUUGAUGAAGUACAAAUUGUUAUGAAAGUGUUAUAGGUUUAUUGAGCAACCAAGCUAAAAGCACCUUGGAGAAGAUUAAUUUUGGGUUUGAGGUUAUAAAACUUAAAAUUGGAAGUCUCAAAACUGGUGAAGCUGAUUGGUUGUUUUUCAGGACAGCAUUGAAACUGACCAAUGGCUAAGUCUUAUUCAUGGACUGGUUCCCAGUUUAGUUUUAUAACCCUUGAACCUGAAGUUAAGAGCGAAAGUUGAUCUGAAGUUAUCGUUGGAAGUAAAGGAUAGAAGAUUCAGGUUUGAAGUAAAGAAUGGGAGUAAAAAAGUGCAAGAAAGAACAAAGUGUAAUUGUGAAGACUAUUGUACAUGAUAAGAAGUCACUUUAAAAGAAGGCAGCAGAAUAGAAAACAAACAUGGCAGAGUGUUCAUUGUACAUAAUAUGAUUGUAUGUUAGUAUAUAAAUAGAUUAUGAAUUUUGAAUGAUUCUUGAUGUUUGUUUUCCUAUUAAAAGUAUAAGUAUGAA